AGAGCAAAAGAUCAGCAUCGUUGAAGAGCAAGGAUGGUGUCAACAAAGACCCUGUGAUUCCCUCUCAAGACAUUGCUGUGGGAAUGUCGAAGCGCUGCCGUUCUUGUCUUGUUUCUUGGAGGGUUCUUGUGCCCCUGCUCUUGAUCACCUGCUCCUGGGUUCACUGUGACGAUACCGCACAUCUCGCCUCGGGCUCGCAGGUCACGCAGAGUCUAGCGGAACGGUCAGCAAGUCAGUUCGUACAUGGGAGUGUAGAAGUGAUAGAUCGACAUCCUGGUGUGCGACCUCGCAAGUCUCAGGUUUCGGAGGGGAGGGACGCGUUUGUAGACCGAGAGAGCACGCCGGAUGCUUCUUUCAAGGUCAAGUUGAAGAACAGCGAUCGGGGUGAGCGGGAGCUUGAAGCUGCGAAAGCAUGGAAGCGAAAGUCCCGAGAGUACAAGUCGCAGCUUGUUCACAGGAAGCGAUCUCCAGUCUCUUCUUCAACAGCUUUUCCUGGUCAGACCGAUCGGAAUGGACGUCGCCAUGCGGGGUUCGGAACUAAAAGCUUGAGCGAGGACUCUACCAAGUGUGACUCGACAGGCUGUUGGACGAUUGACACGUCUGAUGAAGCUACCAAAGCAACUCUGAAGGCGUUUCGGGAGGCAGCAAGGAUCAAGAACAAGUUGCCUUCCAUGCACGCUGUGACGGAAGCAGCGAAUGCUGCUGUUGCUGCUGCCGCUGCAGAUGUUGCAUCGAUGAAGACGAUAUCCAAGACUAUGCAUCAAGGAGGGAAGAGCCUUGCCGAGGCUCAAGAUGCUAAUCCUGCACGGUUGAAUCAAGAGAAACCUCUCGCUCACCAUCUAAGACCGAGCUGCGACAACCCCUGGAAGCACGCUCAAAACUCUCGUCAGGCUUGUGCGUACGUCCGCAAGUACUGCCCUCAGCGCAGCGGGCUCUUCAACUACCUAGCUCUUCCCUUCUGCUCCCUCGGCAAGGUUUCCUGGCUCGCCAUCCUCCUCCUCCUCCUCUGGCUUGUCGCCCUGUCCAUCUGGCUGGGACUUGCCGCCGACGCCUUUCUGUGCCCGUGCUUGACCUACAUCAGCCGCUUCUGCAACCUCAGCGAGAACGUCGCCGGAGUCACGUUCCUCGCGUUCGGCAAUGGCGCGCCAGACAUCUUCACUGAAAUCGCAGCCGCCAUCGCCUCCCCGCACGGAGCAGAGAUGGCGCUAGGUGAAGUCAUGGGAUCCUCGCUGAUCGUUGCUGGCGUCGUCUUCGGCAUCAUCGCCAUCGUCGUUCCCUUCCAGCUCCCUCCCCGGGAGUUCGUGAGGGACGUGCUGUUCUUCCUCCUAGCGCUGUUCUUCCUUUUCGUCAUCCUUCUAGAUUCCUACAUCAGCAUGCUGGAAGCCGGAGGUUUCAUGCUCCUGUACAUCUUCUACCUCUACAUCGUCGUCUUCGGCACCACCUACGUGCACAGCUUCCUCGGCGACGAAGGGGCGCAGCGCUCGAAGCUGAUGUCACUCAAGACUGAAAACGAGCAGAGCAAGGGCCCCAGGCUGAUCGAGGCACAAGGGAAGGCAAGACUGUUCCAGUCGGACACUUUGAUCGAUCUGCACGACCUCGUCCAGUACGUCAACCCGAUCGGCAAGGAGGAGGUCAGCCACCACUCGCUGGUCAACCAGGUCCUGUACGGCAUCAAAGUCCCCGCCAUCGUCGUCAUGAAGCUCACCUGCCCCGUCGUCGACCUUGAGCUGCCUAACAGCGGCUGGUGCAAGUCUGCCGUACUCGUUCAGCUCGCCCUCUGCCCUCCCAUCCUUGUCUGGUGCGUCCUCCUCCAUGGCUUCCCUACCAUCAGCGCCGCCACCUGCCACAUCGCCUUCGCAUGCUCUGUCGUCUUCGGCCUGCUGGCGGCAGCGAUUGUGCACGUCUCCUCCAAGCACGAGGAGCCUCCUCCCUACCUCGCGCUCUUCGCCUUCCUCGGCUUCUUCACCUCCAUCGCCUGGAUCUACGCGCUCGCGGCCGAGUUAGUGCAUCUCCUGCAGGCGCUGGGAGCUGUGCUCGACGUCUCCGACACCCUCAUGGGCCUCACCGUCCUCUCCCUCGCCAACAGCGUCGGCGAUCUCGUCGCCAACCUCGCCAUGGCGCGUGCGGGCAUGCCGAGCAUGGCGGCGGCCGCGUGCAUCGGGGCUCCUCUGCUGAACCUUCUCUUCGGAGGAGGCCUGGCGACUUUCCUGGGGAACCUGCUGGUGGCGUCGCCCUACCCGUUCGAGCUGAACCUCCAGCUGUACGUGAGCAUCCUCUUCCUCACCUUCUCCCUCAUCGCCAUGCUCGUCUACGCCGUCAUGCACAAGUUCGAGAUCCGCGCGCCCCUCGGCUUCAUCCUCAUCCUCAUCUACGGCGCCUUCAUGAUCACCUGCCUUGGCUUCGAGGCCUGGGGAGGUCGCAAACUCUUGACGACUAACAUCGGACCCCAGGUUCGAUCAGGGAAUUUUGAUUUUCGGGCGUCGGACUGA